AUGGAGAGAGGAAAUUACUCGUCAGUGUCAGAGUUCAUCCUCCUGGGGUUCACAGACCACCCAGAGCUGCAGAUCAUCCUCUUUGUAGCGUUUCUCAUGAUUUAUGUUGUCACCUUGAUGGGGAAUCUUGGGAUCAUCCUGUUAAUCAGGCUCGAAUCUCGACUUCAUACUCCAAUGUACUUCUUCCUCAGUCACCUAUCUUUUAUUGACAUUUGCUAUUCUUCAUCCAUCACACCCAAAUUGCUCACUGAUAUCAUCUCUGAGGCCAAAGGAAUUUCUUUCUCUGCUUGUGCUGCACAAAUGUAUGUGUUUGUCACUUUAGUGGUGGCUGAAUCUUUCCUCUUGGCUGCUAUGGCAUAUGACCGCUACGUGGCCAUUUGUAACCCCUUACUGUACACAGUGACUAUGUCUAGAAAUCUCUGCAAGCAGCUGGUAGCUGGCUGUUACAUGUUGGGCACUAUUUGUGCCCUGGUCCACACUUGCUCUGCUUUUAGGCUAGUUUUCUGUGCAUCAAAUGCAAUCCAUCACUUCUAUUGUGACAUUUCCCCAGUACUAGCCCUGUCCUGCUCUGACACCCACAUCAAUAAAAUGUUGCUUUUCAUUUUUGCUACCUUUGUGGAGACCAGCACCAUAAUAACCAUUCUCCUGUCUUAUAUAUUCAUUAUUAUAUCUGUAUCUAGGAUUCGUUCCAACAAAGGAAAAUAUAAAGCCUUCUCCACCUGUGCCUCUCACUUCACAGCCAUCACUAUAUUCCAUGCUACCAUUCUCCUCAUAUAUUGCCAGCCUAAUGCUAGCCAUUCACUGGAUACAGACAGAAUUGCAUCUGUAUUCUAUACAAUAGUGAUCCCCAUGCUGAACCCCCUGAUCUACAGCCUAAGGAACAAAGAAGUUAAGGAUUCCCUUGGCAUUGCUGGGAUUCAAUUUUUGCAGAUAAAAAUAAUAUAUGAUAAGUAUUCAUAG